CGGCCGGUAGGGGGACGUGUCUGUGCGGACCGCGGUGGGAGCAGCCGCCAUGGAGGAGCCCGCGGCGCACAACGGCAGCGCCGCCGGGGCCGCGCCUGGGGCCGGCACCCCCGCCCGCCCGCCCGCCACCCCCGAGGGCAUGGCGCUGGCCUACGGCAGCCUCGUCCUCAUGGCGCUGCUGCCCAUCUUCUUCGGGGCGCUGCGCUCCGUCAGCUGCGCCAAGAGCAAGAACUCCUCGGAGAUGCCAGAGACCAUUACCAGCCGAGAUGCUGCUCGCUUUCCCAUUGUUGCCAGUUGUACCCUCCUGGGGCUCUACCUCUUCUUUAAAAUAUUCUCUCAAGAGUACAUCAAUCUUCUGCUUUCCAUGUAUUUCUUUGUGCUGGGGAUCCUAGCCCUGUCCCACACUAUCAGCCCCAUGAUGAACAGAUUCUUCCCUGCAAAUUUCCCCAACAAACAGUACCAGCUCCUCUUCACCCAGGGCUCCGGGGAGAGCAAGGAGGAAAUAGUGAAUUAUGAGUUUGACACCAAGGAUCUCGUGUGCCUGGCCUUGAGCAGUGUUGUGGGGGUCUGGUACCUGCUGAGAAAGCACUGGAUUGCCAACAAUCUCUUUGGGCUGGCAUUCUCUCUCAACGGGGUGGAGCUGCUGCACCUGAACAACGUCAGCACUGGCUGCAUCUUGCUUGGGGGCCUCUUCAUCUACGAUGUGUUCUGGGUCUUUGGCACCAAUGUGAUGGUGACAGUUGCCAAAUCGUUCGAGGCCCCAAUAAAACUGGUUUUCCCUCAGGACCUGCUGGAGAAGGGGCUGGACGCUGACAACUUCGCCAUGCUGGGACUGGGAGACAUUGUCAUUCCAGGGAUCUUCAUUGCCUUGCUGCUGCGGUUUGAUAUCAGCCUGAAGAAGAACACGCACACGUAUUUCUAUACCAGCUUUGUGGCCUACAUCUUUGGGCUGGGCCUCACCAUAUUCAUCAUGCACAUCUUCAAGCAUGCCCAGCCUGCGCUGCUGUACCUGGUCCCCGCCUGCAUUGGAUUCCCACUUCUCGUGGCCUUGGCAAAGGGAGAAGUAACCGAAAUGUUCAGGUUCUGGCUGUCUGGCUCUGCUCAUGCCAGCGGGAGCUGCCUCAUCCCCGAGUUUCAGUGCUCAGUGCUGCAGCCCUGUCCUGCUUUUCCAUGCUGCAGCCCUGUCCUGGAGUCUGCAGGCAAGGAGAGGUCAGCGGGUGCGAGCAGCUAUGAGGAGAGCUCAACCCCCAAGGAGGCACCAGGGGCUUCCAAAGAAGAGCCAACAGAAGCCUCCAAGAAGGAGAAGUGACCUUGCCCAUGGGCCAUGCCCGGUGCUGCUGGGCUGGGGCCCUUCAAGACCCUCUGCAAGUGACAGACGACGAAACAAUUGUGCAAGAGCAUCGUGUUGUGUGUGUUGGAUCAGCCACCCAGGUGGGGUAUCAAUGUAUGCUGGUUUUUAAAUUUUGUAUUGUGCAUUUGCUUUCUCUCAUAUUAAACCAUAUUGAAGGAAGGA